AUGUGUCGUGCCGAAGCGCGCGCCAUAUCGGAGUGCACCUCGCGUCGUUUCACAUCGCGUCUGUUUUCAUACGUCAAGUCCAUUCUCCCACCGUCACUGUCAUCGCUAAUGUUCAGCACAACACAGACACGCAGGAAGCCGGUGAACCGUCACUACAGGCUGUCAAAAAAAAAAAAAAACGUCGCUUGUUCCCUUCGGGCCAGCAACUUCUCAUCUGCCCCCUCCAUUGGAACAACCAAGGACUGUUCAAUGGACUUGACUCAGUCUUGCCAGCUAUGGUCUGGAGGCCAUGGGUCGCGUAUCGACGGAGCUGAUUCUCCCGGUUCUGUUGUAAGCCGCGAUAUUCCCGAGUGA